UUACUGUAAAGGUAGAGAUGUGAAGGGAUAUGUCUGUCUCUGAUGUGAAUCUCAGAGGCUGCAUUGCUCCAUGGAGGGCUAAGGGAGUAGAUUCCUGUGCUCAUGUGUUUAGGUGGGGGUAGUCCAGUACAGGACAGCUGCCGCUGGGCCCAACAGGCUCCUGGUGACAUCAGACCCUAUGAUAUUUUAAAAGGGGCCACAAUCCAGGGCAGUGAGCUCGGUGUGGACCCUCAGAGCUGUUGUGUCUCUUAAAACUCGGAAACAUUCUAGUGAGUCGUCUUCUGGGGGCAUUCAGUGAUUCUGCCACUGACCAAAUCCCACAAAUUUGCCUCUGCUGGGAUAUGACCUACUAGCUUCGGGUUGGCAAUGCUGCGGCAUUGCCCCAUUCCCCGCUUCUCGUCAGCCAGCCCGAGGAGAAAGACGACCAAGUCCUCGGGCAAGGAGAAGGCUCCCCAGGCUCUACCGGAGAGCAGGGCACUGGAGCUGGCUGACCCCAAGGAUGUCCCCAAGGAGCCUAUACCCCCCCAGAAAGUCCUCAAGAUCUUCAGCAUCAACAUCAUAGCUCAAAGUCUGCCCUUCUGUCGCAGACGGAUGAAGAGGAAGUUGGACCAUGGCACCGAGGUUCGAUCUUUCCCUUCAGGAAAAAAGCCCUGUCCAAGUCCCACAGGACUGCCGUUCCCAGCCACCCCCACUACGUUUCGGGACUUUCGAGUCAAUGGGCAGAGACGGCGCAUCACGUCCAUCCAGCCCCCCACAGGCCUGCAGGAGUGGCUCCACACCUUUCAGAGCUGGAGUGGUCCAGAGAAGCUGCUGGCGCUGGAUGAGUUGAUUGACCGCUGUGAGCCCACGCAGGUGAAGCACAUGAUGCAGGUGAUCGAGCCACAGUUUCAGAGAGACUUCAUCUCGCUCCUGCCCAGAGAGUUGGCCUUACACGUGUUGUCAUUUCUGGAGCCAAAGGAUCUGCUCCAGGCGGCUCAGACGUGUCGUUACUGGCGCAUCCUAGCAGAGGACAACCUGCUCUGGAGGGAGAAAUGCAAAGAAGAAGGUAUUGACGAGCCCUUGUACAUAAGGAGAAAGAAGGUGAUCAAGCCAGGGUUCACACACAGUCCCUGGAAGAGUGCCUACAUUAGACAACACAGAAUAGACACCAACUGGAGGAGAGGAGACCUCAAAUCACCGAAGGUGCUGAAAGGCCACGACGAUCAUGUGAUCACCUGUCUCCAGUUCUGUGGAAACCGCAUAGUGAGCGGCUCAGACGACAACACGCUCAAAGUAUGGUCUGCUGUUACCGGGAAGUGUUUGCGGACGUUAGUUGGCCACACCGGUGGGGUCUGGUCCUCUCAAAUGCGAGACAACAUCAUUAUCAGUGGCUCCACAGACCGAACGCUGAAGGUCUGGAAUGCAGAGACGGGAGAAUGUAUCCACACGCUGUACGGUCAUACCUCAACGGUGCGCUGUAUGCACUUGCAUGAGAAAAGGGUGGUGAGCGGUUCCCGGGACGCCACGCUGCGGGUUUGGGACAUUGAGACGGGUCAGUGUUUGCACGUGCUCAUGGGUCACGUGGCGGCCGUUCGCUGCGUACAGUAUGACGGCCGGAGGGUGGUCAGCGGGGCCUAUGACUUCAUGGUGAAAUCUUUUAAAGUUAAAACGGAGACUUGCCUCUGGCGAUUACGUUUUGGUUGCACCAACAGAGUAUAUAGCCUGCAGUUUGACGGCAUCCAUGUGGUGAGCGGUUCGUUGGACACGUCGAUCCGGGUGUGGGAUGUGGAGACUGGAAACUGUAUUCACACGCUCACAGGUCAUCAGUCUCUCACCAGCGGCAUGGAGCUCAAAGAUAAUAUCCUGGUCUCCGGAAACGCAGACUCCACCGUCAAGAUCUGGGACAUCAAGACCGGCCAGUGCCUACAGACACUGCAAGGUCCCCACAAGCACCAGAGUGCAGUCACAUGCCUGCAGUUCAACAAGAAUUUUGUCAUCACCAGCUCUGAUGACGGUACGGUGAAGCUGUGGGACCUCCGGACGGGCGAGUUCAUCCGUAACCUGGUCACACUGGAGAGCGGCGGCAGCGGCGGCGUGGUCUGGCGGAUCCGAGCCUCCAAUACCAAACUGGUUUGCGCGGUGGGCAGCCGUAACGGCACGGAGGAAACCAAGCUCCUGGUGCUGGACUUCGACGUGGACAUGAAGUGAAGGGGGUGGACUUAAAGGGGACUCGUUUGGAAAACGGGGAGCAGCCUGCCGCGCCAGGACCGAUCGCUCACUUCAUGGCAUCUCCACCUCCCCGAUAAGUUGCCGCCAACAUUUCUCCCGUCGUGCCACGGUCCGCGACCGCCGCCACAGUUCCGUUCACCUUCCGAAGUGCACACGCUCACAGCAUUCUGGGAAGGAAACUGACAAGAAGGACUCGGGAAGACAGGAUUGUCCCUUUUCCUACCACUCAAGGCGACCUUGCACAGAGACUUGUUCGCUCAAGCCUGACUGAAAUUCACACCCAUAUGUACAAACAUGAUUUUUUUUUUUUAACAAAUCGGUCAACACUGUAUACAUGAGACCCUAAUGCAUCGACACGGACACGGAGUGAUAAAUAGUGUAUACAUAAUAGAGAAAGAUCAGAGCUUUGUACUGCGGGAGUGAUUCAAGAGAGAGAAAGGAAGCCAAUUUUGUCGGUCCUCAUCAACCUCAGCACACGCCAAAUAUCCCUUUCUUCCUCAUGCGUUGAAUUGUUUUUGCUUUGCUCCCCAAAAGUCUUUUUGGUUUUCGCGUCAACAGCUGUGAAUGAAAGUUUUGUGCUUUGUUUUCAAGUUCAGUUCGUUUUUUUGUUUCACGAUCCUGCCUCUGUUGCAAACAACAGGUUUCAGUAUUAAGCUAAACCCACUCUGCUGUUUCACACGUUUAUGGGAUUUUAUUAUUAUUUUUUUUUCUUUGUGUAAUUUAGUACUCCAUAAGCAGUGCCUCUCUGGAUUCGGAGAUGACCUGCAUUCAUUAUGUUUUUCUGUUCUCAUUAGCUCAUCAGUGCUGGUGCUCUGUGGGAAAUGGAAAUGUUUUCCCAUAAGCUCCUGGGAAGAUCCCCCCACCCCCCCACCCCUCCAGUACUGUCCAUCCCAGUGGCCAAACUGGAUUUUAUGCUGCUAGACUCACAGAAAAAAUAAGGUGGAACUUUAACUGGCUGUGACGUUUUAGUCCCAGACGACAUUCUAAACAAGUUACGUGUGGAGUUAGAACUUUCAAAAACGACACAAACAAACAUACCAACAAAAGCAAGAUAUCGACAAAACAGCUUCUUUUUAUUUUUUUGCCACUGAAACUUGAGCCAAAUGUGCCUCUACGAGGCGUAGAGGAGGGAGAAUGUCUGACAGAGAGACGGGUUUGUCUGCUGAGAUCAAACGCCGGACGAGUAGAAACUAUUUUGCGCGACUGGGUGUGUGUGCGGGUGUGUGUUUGAGCAAAUUGUUCACACAUUCCUUCGGACAAAAGCUCUGUCAUCCUGUUCUGUCGAAAAAGAAUACCGUUCUUGUUUUUAAUUAGUUGAAAAACGAGAUGGUUGGAACCGACGUUAAGUUACCGAAGAAAAAAGGUGGUCUUAGUGUACAGAAAUGGACAUCUGAUUACAUUUUAAGUGCUAGAGCUAACCUGGUUCUGUUGGUGACGCUCUCAUGGGUUUUUGUUCUGUUUUCGUUUUUUUGAAUGGAAAAGCAGCUUCAUAGAUAAACAAGACAUAACUGCAUCCGUAGCCAAACGAUUCGUCUCAUCCUCCAAGUCACACAACCCAAGCUGAACUGUGAAAGUGGUUUAACACUGUAUAUUAAAGGAAAAACAAUCUUGUUCUUUCACCUGUUUUUUUUUUUUUUUUUUCUUCCCGUUUAAUUUAUAAUCUGGUUUGAGAAAUCAGAUGUUGGAGCUGUUUUAUUUUUUCAGUUUAUGUAAACUGCCUGGCAUAACAGACAGAUAAAAAAAAAGAAACCUUAAAGGGAUUGUGUAUUUGUUUGAUUCAUUUAGAAUUUUUAUUUUCUUAUAACUUAAGUGCAAUAAAAUGUGGGUUUUUCUUUGUUCAUUUCAA